ACAUGGAGAGACAAAGUCACCAAUGAAGCCUUUCUAAAGCAAAUAUGCUAAGCAUGCUACCACUAGUCAAGCAAAAAGGGCUUUAUUGGCUUGGGCAUGUGAACAGGAUGGAAGAUGGCAGUAUCCCAAGCAUAAACCAUAUGGAGAGUUGCCUGUGCCAAGAGUCCAGCAGAAUGCCAAGCUGCGAUUCAAGGAUGCUAUCAAAAGUGGCAUGAAAGCCCUCAACAGCAAUCACUAGAACUGGGAAACUCCAACUGACGAUCGAUUCAAAUGGCAACAGACACCAGCUGUGGGCUGGGACUCACCAGCAUGAUGAGAUAUGCUUUCAGAAGCUCCACAGUGGACACCAGUCCUGCAAACAAGCGUCAGCAGAGAUCAUCCCAAGCCACUGACAAGGGACUACUUCUUGUGUCAUGAAUCACAAAAAGCUGACUUGAGAUCAAGUAAAAUGGCCAGUUCAGGUCAGCUGAGGGAAGGUAAAUCCCAAGACCGGUUUGACUACCUACAAGCCCUGGUUACCGAGUUUCAAGAUACUGAUAGUCAAGAGGCAAAGGAGCAAGUUCUGGCGAACUUGGCUAAUUUUGCAUAUGAUCCCAGUAACUAUCAAUACCUUCGACAGCUGCAGGUUAUUGACCUAUUCCUGGAUAUGCUCACAGAAGAUAAUGAAAGAUUUGUAGAAUUUGGAAUAGGUGGUCUCUGUAACCUGUGUUUAGACAAGGAGAACAAGGAAUACAUUUUGCAGAACAAUGGAGCUCAGGCAGUCCUGGAUUGCUUAUCCAGCCCUAAUGAGGACAUAGUACUGUCUGCCAUUACCACUUUAAUAUACUUGAUGACUCCUUUGUCCCGGAAAGAAAUCACAGCAAUACCAGUUGUUGAGUGUAUGCUACGGUUCUCUAUGUCCAAAAACAAACGUCUGAGUAACUUAGCGACCCUGUUUCUGGAAGAUUUCUGCUCACCAGAAGAGGUAGAAAAAGCUCAGAACUUGCAGAAUCACACAGCACUAGGAAUACCACUUCCAAAAGAAUAGGCUCAGAAAAUGUUUAGAAUUCUACACAAUUUUGAUGCUUAUGGGAAGGGUACAGCUUCUGGGCGUGGUACACUAAUGUGACAGGUGCACACUUCUGGAUUUCUUGCUCCAUUUGAUUCAUGUAAUAACUCCAGAGUUUGCAGUAUAUGGUCCCAUUGCAGAACCGUCCCAUGUUAUACUUUGUUAAUUGUGCUACGUUGUCUUUUGGAGGCAGGUUCCAAGCUUGUUCCCUGACUUCCAUAUGGUGUUGGUUGCAGUAUAAAAUGCAUACAUAUACAUAAUUAUUAUCAAUUUUAAUGCUGUCCAAGUGCCAGCUUGGGUGAGUUGGUAGCACUCUUGCCUUUGAUAUAAUCAAUGCUGACACUAAGGAAAUGUUACAUUGGUAGAGAUGUGCCAACCUUCAGAUGAGACAGUAAACCAAAAUCCUGUUCAGGAGGGUACUAAAUAUCCUACAAUUAUCUUCAAUGAAUGGGGCAUUCUCCUAGUGUUCUAGUCAAAAUUCCUGCCUCAACAAAGACUGUAAAAAAUCAGAUUAAUUGGUCAUUCAUAUCGUUGAUGUUUAUGGUAUAGAAUGGCUGCUGCGUUUACCUACAUAAAUUGUUACACUUCACAGGUAUUUCACGGAUAUUUCAACAGUACUACAUAAGUACAAGUUUUGUUUUUCUUAUCUUUCAGUGAAAAUGACAAUAACAUGAACGUGCCAGCAUCCAAUAUAAAUGGAUAAUCUUAAUUAUGUAAUUUGGAACCAGUGCUGUCCCCUGAAUUGAAGUACGAGGGGAUUAUGUCUGUUUUUUCUGCUGGGGGAUUAGACCAAUUUUCAGUUUCUCAGUUUUACACACCAAUGGAAACUUACUUAUGCAAUUCAAAGGGAAGCUGGAAUUUUUGAUGUCUCUUUAUCCACAAUGUGUUUAUUUACCUGGUUACACUUGGGAAUUUUUUAUUCACACUUGCGCAUACAGACCAAAUCCUUCCAUCACUUUCUGAGCAGUGUUACACAAUUUCCUUUAUUAUAAAAAAAAUGUAAGAUUUGUUUUUUGUCCUCCAAUGAUACUGGCUCUCACUGAGGUACAAUUGCAUAAGUGCCAGCGUUGCCUUCCUUCAGUAACGUCAUGUAAGUGCCUGUUCUUCACGUGAGUUUAGACUGAGUAUGUUAACAGGCUAUUUAACAGUGAAUCUGAGCUUGAUCUUGACCUUACCUAAUGGAAUUCUGCUUCUCUAAUGUUAGGAACUUUGACAUCAAUCAAUGAGCUUUGUACUGUUCCGACUCAUAACUGAUCAGUGAUUGAACCAGAGGUCUUUUGAGUUUGUGCAGCUUGAUAUUGCAACAUGUGUUGUCAUUAUACACCAUGUGCAGUGUGCAUAGAAUUAGUUCACGGUUAACUUUAUGUUGUAUAUAAUAUUUGUCAUCUAAUAUAUUUGUAGAACUUUUACAUAAAAGUUCUAUGUAAAAGGUUGAGUUGGGAUGCUCAGAAUAAACUUAGAUAAACCCGCAAAA